UUCUCUUCCUCCUUUCAAUACUAAGAAGAAAACGAAAAAAAUUCGAUUCUGAGCACAAGAAUUUUGCAGGGCCUCUGGAAUUCCCGUGGCUUCUUUUCUCUACUGCAAAGACUUCUUCAUACAGUUAUAAACAUCAGCAUUCAACAAAAUCCAGUGUUAUUUGUAUUGGAUUUCCCGAAUGUCUGGGGGGCCAGGACUUGAGUCUCUUGUAGACCAAACAAUUUCUGUUAUCACAAAUGAUGGGCGCAACAUAGUUGGAAUAUUGAAAGGUUUUGACCAGGCUACCAAUAUAAUUCUUGAUGAAUCUCAUGAGCGUGUGUAUUCUACAAAGGAAGGUGUCCAGCAACUUGUAUUGGGUCUCUACAUCAUUAGGGGUGAUAAUAUAAGCAUCGUUGGUGAAUUAGAUGAAGAGUUAGAUGCAAACUUGGAUUUAUCCAAACUGAGAGCUCAUCCCUUGAAGCCAGUAAUUCAUUAACCUAGGAGAAACAUGUAUAAGCGUGCAAACUAAGAAUUCUUAGCUUUCAAAGGACCAAGAUUACUAUGUCUUACUUGUGUGUAAUAUGCAAGGCCAAACUUGUUGCCUGAAUUGAUAUUGCUACUUGGGUAGUGUUCAUUCUUGAGUUAUCUAGUGCGAUGAGAUACUCGGCAGCUUCAACUA